AAAUUUGGCUGGUCAGAAUUUGAUCCUUCACAAGACGUUAAAACAAUUUCAGCAAUACAAAGUAUUAAGAAUCAACAAAUUGUUAUCAUCUAUUGGAAAUUAUUACCAAUAAUAGCAAUGCCAUUCAACAACACAUUAAAGCUUAGCUCGAAGAGAGGUGGAAAACAAUUAGUUUGUGACAUUAAGC